GGGGGGAAAUCGUCUUACUAGCGGACACGUACUCAAUGCGAUACUGUGGUCGAUAAUAUGCAGAAUGCUAGUAAAUUAACCAUCGACUAGUUAGCAUCUGCAUUGCAUUGCCAGGUCAGUUUAGUAAUUGACUUUCAGUUAGUAGAAUUAGCUGGGUUUGUUUUUUCUUACGUUUCUCCCGGGAAUGCGGUUGCCAGCAAGUUGCAUCUUCCUCAGCAUACUUCUACAAUGGCUUAUUUUGCUGCCGAUGUCCCGUGCGAUGUUGAUGGUUUCACAACUGUAGUGGAAGCAGGGAAAGUGAACUGUUUUUACGAGAAUAUCAGUGAUAACAAAACUUUGGAAAUAGAAUAUCAGGUGAUUGAAGGAGGUGGAGAAAUGGACAUUACCUUUCAAGUAGUAGCUCCUAGUAAAGCACUUUUGGUGGAUGACGAAAAGAAAACAGAUGAAGUUCAUUCUAUCCAGGCAGCUGAGGAUGGGAUUUACACAUUCUGUUUUGACAAUUCAUUUAGUAUGUUGGCAGAGAAGAUAGUCUAUGUAGACCUAGGACUUGAAAGUGACGAGGUGGAUAGCUGGCUGUCGUCACUGCAGGGAGAUACAGACACAGAAAUCCAGGAAAUACAAAUAGACAGCAUUAGGACAACACUUGAGAAUAUAAGACUUCAGCUGGAAAAAGCCCAGAAUUACCAGACGUAUUUGACCAAGAAGAAUUUUAAAAGCCAUUUCAUUGUCACCAGGAGUGGAAGCAGAGUAUUUUGGUGGUCGCUUAUACAAAGUAUCGCCCUCAUUGGAGUGGCGAUUUGCCAAGUACUUAUUGUGAAGAAUUUCUUUGGCACUAACAGCACUGGACAAAAGAUUUGAAUAGUUUUAUGCUGAAGUUUUAAAUCAAGUUUAUUUUAAUGUUGUUUUUCAGGCAAUUCAUUCUUGCUUAAAUUUUUUCUCUGUCUUGUCAGUUUAGACAGGAGUUCAAUUUUAGCUGAAGUUUUCAAAAUAUAAUAUUCUUCCCCGAGCUAUAUUCUCCUGAAGCUAAGUUGAAGAACUCAGAUAUUUUUUCUGAAGAAACUUGUGUCACUGACAAAAUAAUUAAAUUAAUUAUAAGCUUUUUUCAGGAUUGAAGUAGUUGCCAAAUUGAUUUAUUUUUCAAGCCAUUCUUUAUGUGAUUGAUUGUGGCAAAUUCAAAGUUAUAAUUUAGUAGCAAUAAUUGAAAUUAUAACUCUCAAUCUAGUCACGGGGUUUGUUUUUUUGUUUGUUUGCUUGUUUGUUUGUUAUGUCAAGGCUAGAAACGAAAUAAUCAGAGUAAAGAAGGUUAAGUGAGGACAAGAUAGUUAUUUUGAGAUAUGUUUUGUGAUGCUCAAAUUUAAGUAAGGAACAUGGCAGAGUGCACUUUGGUUUGUCAGUUCUUUGAUUUUCUGAGGUAAGAAAAAGACAGAAAGGAAACGUUGGCAAAUGGCAACAGAAUGUAACUAUUUCAUAACAUUAAUAAUGGAAAAAGUUCUUAUUCUCAAACUGGCUGAGCCUAAAUGGGUUUUUCAUAACUGAGCUAGUACAAUUUUUGCCAGUAGAGGAAAAUUAAAGGGCUUGAAAAGGAACUGAAACUA